GUGGGUCACGUGAUUUGAUCCGCGGGACGCCAACAGCGCCAGCCUCAUUUGGCGGGAUUUUGGUUAGAUUGGCGUCGUCUGUGGUCGUUUGUGCUGUGUGCUCUGUCUCGUCUGUACGCAAUUGUGAAGCUUCUUUUAGCAUAAUGGCUGGUGGUAAAGCGGGCAAAGACUCGGGAAAGGCAAAGGCAAAAGCGGUGUCUCGUUCAGCAAGGGCCGGCCUGCAGUUUCCCGUUGGUAGGAUUCAUAGGCAUUUGAAAAACAGGACUACUAGUCAUGGACGAGUGGGUGCAACAGCCGCUGUUUACAGUGCCGCUAUUUUGGAAUAUCUCACAGCUGAGGUAUUGGAGUUGGCGGGAAAUGCAUCCAAAGACUUGAAAGUCAAACGUAUCACACCAAGACAUUUACAACUCGCCAUUCGUGGAGACGAAGAAUUGGACAGUCUUAUUAAGGCUACUAUUGCUGGAGGAGGUGUUAUUCCUCAUAUUCACAAAUCGCUUAUUGGUAAGAAGGGCUCUCAAAAACCUGCAUAAUUUAUUAACAAUCACCAAGAUAAAAGUUUCAAUGUUAAGUAGGCGGAAAUAAUAUCAAAGCGACAGUGGUGUCAACAAAGUUGUAAAAUACUAUAUAUUACAUUGGUUAAAAUAAUUUUUUUUUUUGUAAAAUCUAAAAUACAAAUUAUCUUUUUUUUUUAUUCUCACAAUUAAAUUCGUAAAUUUCAGUUAAUAAUUCAAGAAAAUUGUUUUUGUACAAAAUUUGUUAAUUUGAUUUAAAAACAUAUUGGCAAGAAGGAUAAUGGUAAAAUUAGUUUUUUCCGAUAAUUGAAUUUUUGUCAUAAAAAAUGUAUUCGAUUCGAUGAUAAGAAGCCAAAAGUAGAAAAUUGUUCAGUUUUUAUGUUUAGACAAAAAUUAGAUCAGUUUUUUUUUACCCGACAUAAAAAAUGUAUCUGCGAUUAUUAAUUUUCUUUUUGUUGAACACAAGUGACGAUAAAAACUUUGAAAUAACCGGCAGUUUCUACGACUUUAUUGACAAUUUUGGGCCCUACGUAUAGAAUUGUUACAAAGUGUACCUACACGUUGCUGAUUCGAAGGAGAGACAGGCGUGAUAAAUAUAUAUAUAAAUAUAUAUACAUAGCUAUUUAAGUAAGACAAAAAAAAAUAUUGAUAUAAUUUAAUGUAGGUAAUGAAGAUUUGAGAAAAAAAGGGUUGAAAGUGAGAAGCAGAAAAAAAAACCAGGAAAUGAAGCGUUGAAAAAUUCAAUUACUGACUUUUUUUAUAGUCAGGAGAAUAGUUUGGUGUGCGAUGCGUUAUAGCAUGGUGCGCCAAAAUUACUAUUUACUGAGGAAAAGAAAAUCAUCGUUUCACAUUAUUAUUAUGAAUUAUGACGAAAAGAUUUCUGGGGAGAGAUUCUCUUACUGUUCUGUUACUUUUUUUUGCCUUAGUUUUCAAAAUAAAUGACACAUAAAUUUUCCAAUUUUUGUCAUUCGUUAAGAAAGAAAAAAUAUCUCAUUACCUUCUUUAAUGAUUUUUACGUUUAAUGUAUUUUUUUUCUAAUCAUAGCUUUCUUAAAAAAAAAAUUAUUUUUCUAUCACUUGAGAAAAAAAAGUUGACAUUAAAUGCCUGCUCCUUCACUUCAAGAAAAAAGCCGCCUUGUCUUUUUCUACGCAUACCAUUUUUUUUUUAAAUUCACCUCUUGUGAGUAAGUUUGCAUUUGUCUUUUUAAGAGCAUAACAGAAAGCGAUUUUUUUUCUUUUUUUUUUAAAAUAGUCAUAUAUUUACUACGUGUCUUCAAUUAAUUUUUCAAUUAAAUACAAAAAAAAGUUAAUUAGCCGUGUGCAAAGUAAGGUAACAGUAUUGACAUUGCACCGAGUUUUAUGAUAAAAUAUCCCAGUAAAUUUAGAAAGAAAUGAUGUAAUUUUUUUUAAAUUGAUAAAAAGGAGAAAGUGAACCAAUUUUUUGGUUUAUAUAAAAAAAAAUGGUAGUUUUUUGUUAACUAUAAUAUGUAUAAUCUGAAGAUAGUGAUUGCGUUUAUGUGUUUAAUCAAGAAUUUGUAUUUUUUUUACUUUCAACGUCUUUUUUUGUAAGAAUUGCCUGUAGAAAGAAAAUUCUGUUAUUUGAGAGAGAGAAAAAGAGAGAGAGAGAGAAUUAGCAAAAAAAAAAAAAAAUGUUAAGGAAUAAUCAAUUUUGUUGAUAAAUACUAAUUCUUGAUUUUUAUCACUAUAUAUGAUAAUGUUGUUUGAUUUGUGUUCUGUUCAACAAUUAUUUUAUUUUUAUGACUUAAUUGUUAUGCGAGUAGCUUAGUGUAAUAUCCAAAUGUAUCUUACCUUAAACACUGGCCAUAUGUAAGACGUUCUUUUUAAUGUAAUAAAGAUCAAUUUUACUAUGAAAAAUGUAA